UUCCAAAAUCAACCUUCAAAUUGUCCACCGGCAGCCAUGUUGGCUGUGUACAAAACCUAUGGGAAAUGAAAACGCGCGAAAAGAGUUCCCUCUCUAGCUCCCUUCGGGAGCUUACGUAUACGUAAGAUCGUAUCUCUGUGAAACUAUUAAUUACGAGCGCCAUCUACCGGUACGGUACCGUAAGUUUAAUAUGCGGGAAAUUUGUUUUGGAUUUUCGAGUUGGCUGCAGAAAAACAAUCUUUAUUUCUGGGACCCAAACUCACCUCAAUGGAACUAUAGUCAACAAGCUCAGUAUCACUGUGGACCCCCUUAUCAGUUCAUAUCACGAGGAUUCCUCAGUUCCUGUACCCAACAUAUUGGCUACACUUUAGUGCUUUUAUUAGGGGAAGACAUUUUCGUCACGACUGGCCACCAUGUCGAAUACGAGAGACGAGGUCGCUAAGAAGCUUCAUCACUGGGCUACAAGAGAAAUGCAUUUCAUUCCUCAAGGAAAGUAUGUCAACACACCAGUGCCCUCACCAGCAGACUUCAGGGAAGUCUGCCGUGGUAAUCUUCUCCCAGUAUGGAAGUAUGUUCUAGAGCAUGUCCAUUCUGCUCAGAAAGUUCACAAGGUCAAAGGCAAUCUGACACUAAAAAGCCUGCACAGCAAGAGUUCAUCCUACAGGGUCAGGUACCAGGGAGAUACCAAGUUUUCAGCAGAGAGGGAGGAGCUGGUCAAGAGACGGAGGGACUUGCAGGCCAAGGUCACUGGGGUCAAGACAGACAUUCAGCACCUUGAUGAGUUCUUACAGAAGCUUGAGAAGCAGAUUGUAUCAGCAGAAGAACAAUAUCAACAAAGCUGUGAUAAAGUGUCAAGCAUUCAACACAAGAGGGCGCUUUUGAAGCAGUUUUCAACAGACUGUAAAGCUGAUGCUGCCCGUUACUUGGAGUAUCGGAAACGGCUGGAGGGUAGACUGCAGCAAUUCAAGCCAUCGGGAAGCAACGAGGGCAGCAGAUCAGAUCAGAGGUAUUUCAGUCGCCAUGGAACGAAGAGAGGAGAAAGAACAGACUCGCCAACGUUAGAAACUGCAUGCACAAAAACUGUGAGGGAUGCGUGCAGUGAGAUCACAGUUUUCCUGAGAGAGAUGCUGCAAGGAAAAUACUCAAACAAUCAGCAAUCAUUGCAAUCGACUAAAGACAAAAUCUGGACAGAGAUUGAGAAGGUCAUGGCUGAGAAUCCCCCGCAGGAUGUCCUCCAAUCCUUAGCAACCAUCACCUUGGAAACGACCCAUGACCUGAGACAGAUGACGACUGGCAUUGACAUCAAGAAAGAUGCUGAAGAACUCAGAUUUAGGUAUGAGUCCGGAGCACUUUACCAAGACACAUCAACAGGACCAAGUCAGCUACAGAGUGUGCACCAAAUGAUUGAGGAGAAGCAAGCCUCCCACAUCCACACUUUCAUGGAGGCAGAGAAGAGCAGGAAUCGAGCUUGGAAGCUGGACAAACAGUUGGUGGACACAACAGCAGCUGUGGAUGGAAAACUAGCUGCUAUGUUCAGCAACAAUCCAGGUGCUUUGGAACUUGCCAGAAAAUUGUUCAGUAUGGAGCUAGAGGCAUCGUCUGCGAAUGCCGCCCUCCAGUGCCUGAGGAGCCUGAAGAAUGACCUUUCGGAGGUCGCCGCUACGGAGGGACAGGUCAAGGAGGCCCUCUAUGCCAAGCAUCAGAAGAUACAGGAUUUUAAAGGACUUAGCGAUCAGAAACAGAACCUUAUUCAAGUUCUUGUCAGACAGAACAUGGAUGGGAGAAAGAAACUAGAAGAUAAACAAAAGGAGCUGGGUAGGUACAUCGAGCAGAAGCUCAGUGCUCAUGAAGCUGGUUCCGCUUCUAUGACAACCAAGCUAAAGAAUCGCAUCACCCGGGAGGUCGACCUCUUUGCAUCACUCCCUAUUCAUCUUCUCCAGAUUACUGCUCUUGAAAGUGGAGAGGAUGUUCCCGUGUGCCAGCUGUCAAUCAAUCGCCUGUCUAACCAAUCACCAUCAGCGGGAGGCGGAGUCUUGCAGGAGAUCUUGGCGGCCUUGAAAUACCCCAUGUACAAGGCCCCAGAAUGUCUCUUCCCCUAUCUGUCGGAACUGAAAAUAGAGAUGGCCGACAUCGAGGGCAUCCUUGAAUCGCAGAAGGUCCUUGGUUACUAUGGCAACAGUGAGGAAUCUGGUCAAGACAUCAUCAAGCACAUUCAAGGUUUAUGCAAGGAUGUGGAGUCCCAUGCUAAGGAACAGACCAAUAGACUUCUGCCUGUCCUGCAGAAAAGACUUGCUGAGGCUACCAGUGCCAUGAGCCAUUGUAUGAAGUCAAGAGAACAUGUCACUGCUUGGUGGGACCAGCCAGCCCAACAUUUGACCCCGUGGGUCAAGGUCGAAGGUCAAACGAUGCAACAGUGGCUUGACAAAUGGAUGAUGAUCGCUACUCAGAUCAAGCAGCUUGACAGAUGAAAAACAGAGGGCCAUUAUAAUGAUAAUAGCCCUGAGGUCAUUUUGUUAGUUACAUACGACUUUACUGAACAUUUGACCCCAUGGGUCAAGCUCGAAGGUCAAAUAAUAAUGGCUCAACAAAUAAAUGAUUGCUACUCAGAUCAAGCAGCUUGACAUAAGAACACCAGAGGGCCAUUUUAAUGAUAAUAAACCUGGGGUCUUUUUAUGAAUUACACACAAAUUUAACAAACAAUUGACCCCAUUGGUCAAGGUCGAAGGUCAAAUAUAAAUGGCUCGACAAAUGAAUGAUUGCUACUCCGAUCAAGCAGCUUGACAUAACACCAGAGGGCCAUUUUAAUGAUAAUAAACCUGUGGUCAUUUUAUGAGUUGUGCGGGACUUUACCAAAUAUUCUACCCUGUUGGACAAGGUCGAAGGUCAAACAAUGCCACAGUGGCUUGACAAGUGGAUGAUGAUUGCUACUCGGCAAUCAUUAUUCUUGAGUGCAUCAGAGAAACAUUUCCUGCUGCAAGUGCUCUUCCCCAAUCAAGGAGGCCAUUUUUUUGUACUGUAUAUUUUUGGCGAUUUUGCCCUGCUUUGGUUGAGAUACGACAAAAUGUAUGUUCCCCGAAUAGGUUCAUAUUAUCCUAGCCUUGGCAACAGUUCUUGCAUUUCCAUGAGUUUGUGAAAAGACAACGUUCAAGUUCAAGUUUAUUUAAACCAAUCAAAACAAGAGACAUAUUACACAGUUUAACAAAAACUGAGAAUACAUGAUAGGUUUGGGACCCCAUAGAAGCAGAGCUUGUGACAGGGGCCCCUUAUAUAGAACAUUACAACAAGAAUGAGAUGAAAAUAUACUGUAUACAAAUGAUAAUCUAGAGAGUAAAUAAGAAAAAUACAUACAAACACACACACACCCAUACACACACGCAUAUGGUUUAUCAAGAUUCAGUUUAAGAUAUUUUGUAAUCUUUCAAAUGAAUAUUUUCGACAUGAAUUUUUAAAUAUGGGCAGUGUUGGACUGGAUCUAAAGCUUUGUGGUAACUUAUUCCAUUCUUUGAUACAAACUAUCAAAAAGAAUUCAAAGCAGUAUUUGUUCUUGCAAGUGGUUGGUGGAUAAGAUUUUUCUGCCGUGUAUUGUACAAGUGAACAUUUGAGUUAACAACAAAUGUAUCUUUUAAAAUGAACAGUUUUGAGAGGAUUGUGAUUUGUACAUAAAUAUCAAACAAUUGAAGGAGACUAAAUCAUCAAGAGGCAAAAUUUUCAAUUGCAGAAAUAAAGGAACACUUGGACAUCUGUAAUUCGAAUAUGUUAUGAGCCUCAUAACUUUCUUCUGAAGAAUUAGCAGUUUGUUUAAAUGAUUCCUAUAUGUAUUUCCCCAUGCAACAUUACAAUAAUUUAAGUGUGGCAUAAUAGCAUUGUAAAGGGUUACUAAGGUCUGCUGAGGUACAGAGAAACGUAACUUAUAAAUGACACCAACACUCCUUGAUACCUUAGUACAAACAUAACUGAGGUGAUUUUUCCAUGAUAAGUGAUCAUCAGCUACAACUCCCAGAAACCUUACAUCUUGACUUCGAUUGAUCUGAUGGCCACCAAUUGAUAAUGGAUUAGUAUCUUCAGGAACUCUUUUACCCCUUGUUCUAAAGGCAACAUAUUGGGUUCUACUUGCAUUUAAUAAAAGCUUGUUACAACAAAACCAUUUAAAUGUAUUUCUAAUUUCAUUGUUAGUUGAGAACAUAAGAGUAUGCAUAUCUUUGUGAUGGGAAAGUAAGCAAGUAUCAUCUGCAAAUAGUGAAUAAGUAAACAAUUUUGAUGAAUUUAUAAUGUCAUUAACAUAAAUCAAGAACAAUAAGGGACCCAGAACCGAGCCUUGGGGUACACCACAUUUAACCUCCUUAGAUUGUGAUUUAACUCCAUUAAUCAUUACAUACUGACAUCUAUUCUUUAAGUAAUUUUUAAACCAUCUUAAGGCUACCCCACAAACACCAUAAUGCUCAAGCUUGUCCAAUAAUAUAUCAUGAUCGAUAGUAUCAAAUGCCUUCGAUAAAUCUAGAAACACACCAAUACAAAAUUUUCAACUAUCAAUUGCAUUUAUAAUGGUAUUUACUAAAUUCAAAACGCCCAUACUUGUGGAGUAAUUCUUUUGAAAGCCAAAUUGUUGUGGUAUCAUGAUAUUAUGAAGUUGAAGGAAAUCAUCCAAUCUUUUGUACACUAUUUUCUCAAGAAUUUUUGAGAAUAUGGAUAACAACGCAAUGGGUCUGUAAUUUUCAAUGCAUUUUCAAUGCAUUUACGAUCAUUUUUUUUAAAUACUGGGACUACUUGAGAUAUUUUCAGUUUGUCAGGGACAAUACCCUGGAACAAGGACUUAUUAAAAAUAUGGCAUAAGGGAUCAACAAUGCAUUGAAUACAAUUUGUUAUUACCUUGGGAGAAAUAUCAUCUGACCCACAUGCCUUCGAUGGUUUUAAAGUCGAAACCAAAUUAGAAAUUUCAAGAACAGAUGUUGGUCGAAAAUACAAGGAUGAGGAGUGAUUUUGAACGGACAUAAAAUCUUUGUAUGAUGUUUGGACAGGAGGAAUUUCCUUGCUUAUUUUAGAAGGUAGAUCAAUAAAAUAUUGAAAUACUCUGCUUUAUGUAAAGCCCGGAGUACCCCCUUUGAUACCUUUAAUUAUUCAAAUUGUCUUCCUCCACUCAUGUGUUAAGUACACAUAUUCAUAUUUUAAGGUUCGUCAAAUAAAGUGCUAGAUCUAUAUCUCAAUUAUGAAAUAUAAUCAUGAAAAAAAAUAUAUAAAACUGAUAAUUUUUUGCUUUCACUUCUUUUCUGUUCAUUGUUAUUUUUAUGUAAAGACAAAUGUGUUUUAUUGCUGAAAUUGAAAAUUUAUAUUUAAUACACUGCAUGCAACUGUAGAUAUUUGUUUAUGUGCCUCUUUUACAUGUAGGACUUAUACAAAGAAUAUAUAUAUAUUUCCAAUGUAAAUGUGCCUCCAAGCCUUGAUAUAAUUAAAUGUUUUAUAUGCAAAAAUGAA